UAAUGCUUAAAGACCCCUCAUAUACAGCGUGUCAGCGUGGCGCACAACUUGCCUACAAUAGACUAGCUACAGCUCUCUAUACUGCAACAUCAUCAUCUGAUCUUCCAAUGCAAUCAAAAAACAACCACUUGGCCGCAAUCAAUGCUUUGACGCGCUUAGCAAGACUUCCACCAGCAUCUUCUAUUCUUAACCCCCAUAUACCAAGUCCUUAUACCCCGAUGAUACCAACAUGCUCCAGCCGCCAAGUCCCCCGUGGCCGUGGAAGUCGGGCUGGUAAUGUCUUGGAGUUUGUGAACCAAACCGAACCAUAGCAAACCCCUCGGCGAAGACAUGCCUAAUCGGACAGCGCUGAGCAAGACGAUGGGCGUGGGUGUGGCACACCUGUCAAUCUGCCUCAUGGCCUGCAUGGUUCGGAGUCCGAACCACGUUGUAAGCGCGACCACACAGCAGCACCCACCCCAUGGAAAAAAGCCCAGAAACGCACAUGGUGCCGGUCGUGAUUUGCUGGACGAUUUCGCUUGAUGCUAAUAUUACUCUGACGCUCCCCAGCGCCGUUCAAGCUGCCACGCUUGGCGGAUCCGCAGUGUAGCUCAGGUGUGGUUCAACUCACUCUGGGCUAUCGGGGAGGGGGCGCAUUGUUCGAAUAUCCGUGUCUUCCUGGGCGGUCUUCGUCGUACAUGGUACAUUGUACAUAUUCGCACCCUGUCGCGCAUUUCUUUUGAAUUCCUCCGAAUGCUUGCUGUCGUCUUCGUACCGGAUCUGAUCUCUUGAGGGCGAUACUCGUAUGCGACUUGCUCUUCUCUUUGGCUGAUCUAUCGCGUCUCGACUAGGUUUACUCCCCCCUCGACGAUACACCAGGCAGCAACAUGUCCAGCGGCGAGGAUGCGUCCCAGCUGGCCGGCAUUCUGCUGAUUGUCCUCGACAUCGUCACAGUGGCUGGUCGCUUUUACUCGCGAUUGAUCACCAAGAUGGGAAUCGGAUGGGACGACUGGACGAUUCUGAUUGCCAUGGUAAUUGGCAUCGUGCCCGGUGCUUUAACAAUGUGGGCGAGCACAGUCUCCGCGACGGGGCCCGCUGCUGCCAGUAACCUGCACGGCGAGCACUACGUCUACACCCCCGAGGACAUGCUCUACACCAAAAUCACCUUCUCCACCACCGUGCUGUACUUCUUCAUCACCUCCAUCACCAAAAUCUCCAUUCUGCUCUUGUACCUCAGGAUUUUCUCCAUCAGCGAUGGCAUGCGAAAAUGCAUCUACGUCGGUAUCGCUGCAGUCAUCGGGUUCUGGAUCUCGUCGACCGUCGCCGAUUUGCUAAACUGCAUCCCGCUGAAAUGGACAUGGCUCAACGGCGAAGCAGACCCGAGGUACUGCAUCAGCUACAACAUGUUCUGGCUGGGAACCGGUAUCGCCGAGGGCGUGAUUGAUCUGUAUAUCCUGGUUCUACCGCUCACCAUGGUCACGACGCUGCAUCUGGAGAAGAGCAAGAAAUUCGGUGUGGCGGGUAUCUUCCUUCUUGGUGGCUUCGUGCUAUUCUCCGGCGUCGCAAAAAUCAUCCUGAGUUAUCUCCCCGACAGCCGCGAGCCCGAUUUCGCAAAAGGCUCCCUCUGGACCACGGUGCAUCUCUACACUGGAAUCCUGUGCGCCAAUCUCCCCACCAGCCGCCCUCUGCUCAACAAGGUCGUGCAAUUGACGUCGGCUUCGCGGACCAGACUCAUGUCCAUGUCGCGGAGCAGAUGGUACGGUCUCAGCCGUUCCCAGGACAGCUGGGGCGCGAGCGGCGGGUCCACCAUGGACAAGAGCAAAUCGGGAGUUAUGACGAGCCAGAAGCCUGCAUCGUCUGGGCGCGAUCAAUAUGAGCUUCCGCUGUUCAGCGUCAACAGUUUUGAUGAACGGACGAGAGACCAUUGA